CACAACCCCAUCUAACUUCAGCCUCUCUCUCUCUCUCUCUAUCUGCAAACUUUGUUCAUCACCCUUCACAGUACAAGAAUGUAAUUCAUCUCUCUCUCUCUUUCACCCUAUAACCAACACAGUUCAAAAACAGUGAGAGAAAAGUGCACAGGUGGUGGAGGAAAAAAUGCCAAGUUCGGGUUCAUUUUUGAGGCAGCUAAGUGGGAAAGAAGGUUGUCAAUCAACAUCAAAGAGAUGGGGAAGAAACAACAGAUUCAAUGGGAGUGGUGGUGAGUCAUGUGUUGGAGGGUAUGAGGCAAGUUUGAAGCAAAUGGAAGGGCUUAACAUGCAUGAGAAUGGUGGGUUGGUGAUGAGGAAGAGAGUGAUGGUGGUGGUGGAUCAGUCAUCUCACUCCAAGCAUGCAAUGAUGUGGGCACUCACACAUGUGACAAAUAAGGGUGAUAUGCUCACUCUCCUUCACAUUGUCCCUCCUCCACAUAGGGGCUCUGAAAGACCUUCCGAAUCUUCCUCUUGCUCUCCUUACCUUGCUAGCUCACUUGGUUCUCUCUGUAAGGCUUGUAAGCCUGAGGUGGAAGUUGAGGCAUUAGUUAUACAAGGACCAAAGCUAGGCACAGUAAUGAGCCAAGUGACGAAGCUGGAGGUGUCUGUGCUAGUACUGGGUCAAAAGAAGCCAUCUCCACUCAUCAAUUGUCUGUGUGGGAGCAGCAGUACAGAGAAGUUUGUGGAACAGUGCAUAAACAAUGUAGAGUGCUUGACAAUAGGAGUGAGGAAGCAAAGCCAAGGCAUUGGUGGGUACCUAAUUAGCACCAGAUGGCAGAAGAACUUCUGGCUCUUGGCCUAGUCUAAUGACUAAAUACUAGUACAAGAGAAGAGAAGAAAUAAUGUGUAGAAACUCUAUUACUAAUAGUAUAUGUAGUAGAUUGUCAGUGGAAUCUCAACCUCUAAUUAUUAACUAGAUCUAUUGUAUCAAUGGCAUUUCAAAAAAUACUCUCU